AUGUAUGACAUCCACGAGGAUAUGCCUCUGUUUGCAACAAGCAGUGUACAAAAUACAGAGACAAAUAGGCGAAGAAUUGCCCGCGAGGCUACCUCGGCAGGAUGUCAAGAAGCAGCACGAGAAGCUGCUGUUCAAGUUGACGGGCCACCAGAAGACAGACCGAAUUCUAGUUACAGUCGACUUGUGAAAUGGCUUCCGCGGGAUCAAAUCGAUAAUUUGAAGCAAAGAAUCAAGGAAUAUCUCACAUUUGAGGUCGAGAAAGAUGGUGAUGAAGAUGAAAAGAAGGAGAAAUUCCUCGAAAACGCGAAAGAACUCGUCAGGAAGGUGAUGGACGAGUUCGAAAUAGAUGAAACUCUUUCGAAACUCAAACAAUUCUCGAUGGUGAUUUUCCUCCACAAACUGAUCGUUUACGAGCUGAACAAGCACGUCAGCUUCUUCCAAAUCGGCAAAGUCUAUCUCGGCGCUUUCACCGAUCUCCUCUUUGGUUUCCUCACCAGCUUUUCUUCCGCCGAGUUUUCGAAGAUCUGGAACGCCGCCAUGAAUGCAACUCAAAAUUUCUUCAAUGCAGAAAUGCUCAUUGGAGUCGGACUUGCUUCCUGUGCCUGUUUUUAUCUGUACAAAAACUUUCAGAAAUAA